AUGGACCCCAAGACCGUGGAAAUGGAUGAUGACCAAAAGCUGGAAGAUGUCCGGAAGCGACUUCAAAAGGAAAAGGAAAUCAAAGCAGCGACGAUGAAACUACGGGAUUUCCAGAAGAGCGACGCCGCCAAGGCAGCAUGCGACGCCACGAUGGAGGAAUCCCAGCAGAGAAUCAACUACUUUCAAAACGAGUUCGACAAACUCCAGCUCAAGAAACAAUUGGAGAACUCGACAAAGGUCACCCGGACUCAUAUUCCUAUUACUCUGCCGAGUCUUGAGAACGCUCCCCCAAUGUUCAAGGCCGGGUUCGAGAGCAGUCGUGGAAGCUCGUAUCAAUCAACAUCGUCUUCGUCGGAUAACAACACUAACAGUCGGAUGGGCACUGGUCGGAACAACUCCAUAACGAGUUCACACUACCCAGAGGACUUUAUCUCCAGUCGGCCCUUGUCCACCGUCGAUCUUUUGAAAGCCCCGACUCCAAUUACAGCUAAAAAGGUCACCUUCAAGCUGCGCGAGCUGGCCUACAAACUGGACAUUGAGAAAAAGGUCAAGGUCGCGUCAGAGAGGCUGGAGCAAUUGGGCAUGUCCGCCAAAGAUGGCAACGUCGAGAGUGGCGAGCGAGUCGUCCUGUUGAAGCGAGCCCUUCAAAAGUAUCAAGGGCUCUAUAUCCCUGGCCAAGGGGAAGACGAUAUCACCAACUCUCCCGGAACAGCGCUGAGGCGACCCAUGACCGGUACUCUGUAUGUCCGUAUCAGUGGUAUCCGACACCAGAACAAUGCGCCGACACGGAACUCGAGACCAGCAGAAUCAAUGGCGUACAUCAAAAUCGACGGAGCCACAAGAGCAAAGACUAGGAUGGCUCGGAGCGGCCACAAUGGCAUUCGCUGGAACGAAGAGUUUGAGGUACCGGUCACCAAGGCCAGUGAGAUCGAAAUCGCCGUCUUUGACAGGCCCGACCAUGUCCCAGUACCCAUCGGCAUGUUCUGGCUAAAGAUUUCCGACUUGGUGGAGGACCUCCGCAGGAAGAAAGUUGAGGCUGACAAUGAUGCCGCCUGGGUGGCUGCAAAUGUACAGGAUAUUGUGUCGAGAACCCCCACCAUCCGGCCUGGAACAGGACCUUUGGGUGACAAUCCGAUCAAUGGUGUCGAAGGCAUUGAAUCCUGGUGGGAUUUAGAGCCCAUCGGACAGAUCAGCCUCAAAUUCAAUUUUGUCAAAGAUGUGGCUCUUCGUAAGCGGCCAUCCAAGCUGGGACGUCAGGGCGCCGUUCGUAGACGCAAGGAUGAGGUUCGCGAGAUCCAAGGACACAAGUUCGUUCCACAAAAGUUCUUCCAGAUCAUGUGCUGUGCACUCUGUACCGAACUGUUCACUGGAAAGGGGGCUCAAUGUGAAGGCAAGUUGAAUGUGGAAGACCCAGACGAAGCCAAGUUUGCUCACCGCAUUCCUCACCGCUUCGAGACCUUUACCAACCUGUCACCUACGUGGUGCUCGCACUGCGGUCAUAUGUUGACUUUUGGACGUCGGCACAAAAAGUGUACAGGUAUGUUGCACGGAAAGUGUCCUGCGGUUGCUCAUGACGGAUGCAGUGACCUGGUGCCAAACCAUUGCGGCAUGCCGGCGGAAACGGCCAACAAGCUCAUGGAGGAGAUACGACGUCGCAACCCCAGCGGGCGAGCCCCACUGACGCCCACCAAGACAAGCAAACCAUUGGCAUGGGAGCCCAAAGACCAAAAGCCAUCUACUCCUAGACCAGUACCACCGAUUCCUCAGCACGAUCGACCAACUCCUCCAAGUAGAAAAGAGAAUCAGCAAUCCGUCUCGCCCGUAGUUGACUCCAACCAAACGGAAUUGCAGCAGCAAAUGCAACAGCUCCAUAUGCAACAGCAACAGCAGGAACUCGACCACUACCAGCGCAAAAUGGAGCAGCAGCGUUUCGUUGAACAACAGCAGCAGAAGCAACUCUACGAACAACAACAGAUUCAACUGCAGCAGCAGGAGCUUGAUCACUACCAGCGCAAAAAGGCGCAGCAGCGUUUUAUUGAGGAGCAGCAAAAGCAACUCCACGAGCAGGAACAACUAAAACAGCAGGAGCAACAGCAACAGCUACUUCAGCAACAGCAACAACAAAAGCAGCUGAUGGAAGCAGAGCGGGCAGGCCGGCAGCAGCAGGAGAAGGCACUGUUGGAGGACAAGUUCAGGAAUGAGCAGGCUCGAUUGGAGCAGCUUCAGAUCGAGCAGGAGAAAAGACAGAAAAAGACAGCGACUCCAUCGACAGUUCCCAUUCUGCUUGAGCAACCUCAGCGGCCGCUUGUGAUGCCCAAGCCGCAUUUCCCGACGUUGAAAAUUGUCAACAAGCAGAGUGCCAAGCCGAUGAAGAAGUAUGGACUGAACGAUUUCCACUUUUUGGCUGUGCUCGGUAGGGGUAACUUUGGAAAAGUCAUGCUGGCCGAGGAUAAGAAGGAUGGAGGCGUGUAUGCCAUCAAGGCUUUGAAGAAGGAGUCCAUCGUCAAGUCAGAUGAAAUCGAAAGUGCUCGCUCUGAAAAGAGAAUUUACCAGGUGGCCAACAAGGAGCGCCAUCCCUUCUUGACGACAUUGCACUCCUGCUUCCAAACGGACACUCGUCUCUACUUUGUCAUGGAGUACGUGCAAGGAGGCGAUUUGAUGAUGCACAUCCAAAAGGACAAGCGAUUUGGCGAACACCGAGCCAAGUUUUACGGGUGUGAGGUUCUCCUGGCCCUCCAGUACUUCCACGAGAACGACAUUGUCUACCGUGAUUUGAAGUUGGACAACAUCUUGCUAUCUCUGGAUGGCCACAUCAAGAUUGGAGAUUAUGGUCUGUGUAAGGAGAACAUGCCUUAUGGCGCCACCACUCAUACCAUCUGCGGGACACCCGAGUUUAUGGCCCCCGAGAUCUUGGAGGAGCAGCCCUAUGACCGCGCUGUUGACUGGUGGGCGUACGGAGUCCUGAUGUACGAGAUGUUGUUGGGUCGGGCUCCAUUCUCGGGAGAGGAGGAAGAUGAUAUCUACGACUCUAUCCUGGAAGAUGAACCAUUAUACCCUCAAGGCUUUGGACGUCACGAGCAAGCUCUCCUUCAAUCUCUGCUGGUGAAGGUUCCUACUAACCGCUUGGGAUCUGGACCCUCGGACGCCGAUGAGAUCAAGGCACACGCGUACUUCCGCAACGUGAACUUUGACGACGUCUACCACAAGCGGAUCCGACCACCCUUCCUGCCCAAGGUGGCGUCCAAGACAGAUGUGUCCAACUUUGACACCGAGUUCACGAGCGAGGCGCCGGGCGAGACGCCGACGGAUUACCAGUUGGAUAAUGUCGAGCAGGAUCUGUUCAAGGGGUUCUCGUAUGUCUCACCCUGGGCGCAGUCAUCAUAA